CCAAUGUUGCUCCAUUGUUUGUGCGCGACGCGGUUUCCAAGUGCGGAUGUGCAUCGGAAGUUUUUGGAAGUUUUGUGCCGAAAAAACGAAUGUUUUUCGCGUAAGUUUUAAUUUUGUAUACUAGCCAUCUGAUUCGGGUACAGUGGAAAAGUGAUUGCCGUAAUUACUGAGAGUUGGAAUUAUUUUAGAUCUAACAGUGCAGCCCUUGACACCACGUGGUCCACUUGAGACGACAACGACGACGGUGCAUGUGUAACCGUUCCCCGGUCCUCCUGCAGAAGUUGCUAGUUCGCUCGAGUCGUCAAGCGUCGUCGCUAGUGGCUGCAGCAGUUUCCUCGCAGAGAAGACGUCGGCUAUCGUCGGAAGCAACAGCAGCUAUGAAGUACAUACUGGUCACGGGAGGCGUCAUCAGUGGCGUCGGCAAGGGUGUCAUCGCCAGCUCCUUUGGCACGCUGUUGAAUGCGUGCGGAAUCGGCGUCACAUCGAUCAAGAUCGAUCCCUAUAUCAACAUUGACGCGGGAACUUUCUCACCGUACGAACACGGUGAAGUUUAUGUGCUGGACGAUGGCGGUGAGGUAGAUCUGGACCUAGGAAACUACGAGCGCUUCCUGGAUGUUACACUACACCGCGAUAACAACAUUACUACCGGAAAGAUCUACAAGAUGGUCAUCGAAAGAGAGCGCGUCGGCGACUAUCUUGGCAAAACCGUGCAAGUGGUCCCUCACAUCACCGACACCAUUCAGGAGUGGGUGGAACGUGUGGCCAAGAUCCCAGUAAAGGACGGUAGCAUCCCGCAGGUUUGCAUCGUUGAGCUGGGCGGCACCAUUGGAGACAUCGAGGGUAUGCCCUUCGUCGAAGCAUUCCGUCAGUUCCAGUUCCGCGUAAAGAGGGAAAAUUUCUGCGUCGCUCACGUGUCACUGGUUCCGUCUCCAAGAGCUACCGGAGAACCAAAAACCAAACCCACCCAGGCCAGCGUACGCGAACUGCGCGGUUUGGGACUAAGCCCAGAUCUGAUCGUUUGCCGAUCGGAGAAACCUAUCGGAAGGGAAGUGCAGGACAAGAUUAGCAACUUUUGUCACGUGGCCCCUGAGCAGGUGGUGUGUAUUCAUGAUCUGUCCUCGAUUUACCACGUUCCGCUGUUGAUGGAAGAAGCCGGAGUGGUUGAGUUUUUGAACGAUAGGCUAAAACUUGAGAUUCCCCUGCCAAAACCGGCGCGGCUGAUGCAGAGCUGGCGCGAUCUGGCGGAACGGGUUGAUAAUGUCUAUAAGAAAGUGACCAUCGCUUUGGUAGGAAAGUACACAAAGUUGGAGGAUUCGUAUGCUUCGUUGUCGAAGUCGCUGCUGCACGCUUCGCUCGCCGUCGGUUACAAGCUGGAGUUGAAGUUUAUCGAGGCUUGCCAUUUGGAGCGACAAACCAAACAGGAGACUCCACAUCUUUACUACGAGGCUUGGCAGAUACUAACCAACAGCAAUGGCGUCAUUGUACCCGGUGGCUUCGGUACGCGCGGUGUUGAAGGAAAGAUUCGGGCCUGUCAGUGGAGCCGAGAGAACAAGAAACCCUUCCUUGGCAUCUGUCUGGGUCUGCAAUGUGCGGUGAUAGAAUUUGCACGGAAUGUGUUGAAUCUUGAGGGUGCCAAUACCACAGAAGUGGCCGACUGCGAACAUCCACUCGUUAUCGAUAUGCCAGAACAUCAUCCGGGGGUGAUGGGCGGCACUAUGCGAUUGGGAAAGAGAGCCACAUUGUUCAAGGAAGGAAAAAGCAUUAUAAAACAACUCUACGGCAACGUGAGUCAGAUCGAAGAGCGACAUCGUCAUCGGUACGAAGUGAAUCCCAAGUACGUCGAACAACUGGAAGCCAAUGGACUGAAGUUCGUCGGUCACGAUUCAGAGAAGAAGCGAAUGGAAAUCGUCGAGCUGGAGAAUCAUCCCUACUACGUCGCGACACAGUUCCACCCGGAAUACCUAUCUAGGCCACUGAAGCCGUCACCUCCAUUCUUGGGCCUUAUCCUGGCCUCGGUAGGAAAGUUGGAAGCCUACCUGGAUCAAGGAAACAAACUGUCCGGUUCCGCACAAGCAACCAGCGAAGAUUCCAGCGACGACGAUGGACAGCUGUAUAAGGCGAAUCGGUUGCUGAAGAAGAUGACCGUCAGCGGAAAGCCCGCCAAGCCGGAGCAACCCAGCCCGAAGGUAAAUGGCCAAUGUAACGGAACUGAUACGCCUGUUGUCAAUGGCCAAGCCGAAGACAAGUGAAUGGUAAAUCUUCCAUUUCUACCCGAACCCAUACAUCUAAGACAAACUCACUUCGAGUGAUGGAAAAGGUACGAUUAUUUUGCGGUAAAUCCUCCGGAAUCGAAUCUUGGACAUCCGAUGGAAUUAGGGUUUUCCGCGAGCUGCAGAUAAAAACGUGAUAAAACAAAAUUUUUUUAAACAAUCUUCUGUUUGGCUAAUCUUUGAGCUAGCCUUGGUGCGCCAUAAUCAAAACAGUAAUGUAAUGUAUUACCGUGAUAAACUGAAUACUUGAAGUUUCUCCAAACAGCGCCAGUUGAACUUCCUCUAAUGCUUAAAUGUUAAUAAACAAACGUUGUCCUAUGGAAUUCA